UGCAAGGGAUUUCCUGUUGUUCUGAGGAUGUGCAGUUAGACUCGAGACGGGACUCGAGCUCGUGCCACGUUACGCUACGGUGCGUUUGCUUCAGAUGUGUCUGUGUAAUUUCUCGGUAAAGUCUUCUUCAUGGAUUCACUCUGAAGUAUUUGAUCCGAAGUACAAUCAUCGCAAGCAACAUAAUUGUCGCUAUCUCUUGUAGACCGACAGCGAUUGCCUUCAAACCUCAGACGGGGAUUGUAUUAUUUUUAGUCUAAUAGAGCGUAACUGCAUUAUGCAGAGUGGAGUCCCUUUUUCUCGCUCGCAAAUAAAAUAAUGGGAGAGAAAUGAGAAGGAAAACAAAAGCCCAGCGUAUUCUUGACUACGAAAAUGAAGAAGACGAGGAAGAGGAACAAAAACCGGACUGCUUCAGUGUAAGACGAACGCGUUUUAAGUGUUUAAUACCUCACUGUUGGUUUGGAAUUGUUAAUGGCAUGUGUUUUAUCCCAAAAUAAUCAUUUGUAUCAUGUCAACCCGACUGUCUGUCCAACGGUGCACAGAAACGGAGAAAAAUGUAUCCUGCCAAAGAGAAAGCAGGAGGAAAUAUAUCAUCCGAUGUCGGUUUUCAGAAGUUAGACAUGAAGACCUCUACACUGACAGUCCACCUGCUUCUGAGACCGAGCAGGAGGCUCAUUAUUUACAGUCUUAUUCGAAGAAGGAGCUCAUUGCCAUGGUCUUAUGCAUGCAGAAGGAAAUGGAGGACUUGAAAGAACAACUUAGGUGCCUUACAGCAUGUGGAAAGCUGGCCAAAAACCUGGAAGUUCUCAUCGAGAAGACCCAUAUGUGGUCAAAUGUGGACAACGGGGCCUCACUCUUAGUUUCUCCGAGCGUGGCACAGGUGCCUGUUGAGGUGGAUGUAGUAAUACCAGACAUGCGGUCUGCUCCAGCUGUUGUGAAUGGACACUGGAUAAACCAGGGACCGGGAACACAGAAACCUAAUGAAACCAUUCAGAAUCCUCACAAAGACGGGCUCUUUACAGAGUUCAUCACCCCUGAGCUUUUGGAGAGGUGUAACACAGGCACCACUGCCCAAAAACUGACCAAUGACCUUCUCCGUGGACUCUAUGAGAGAGACUGCCUAGCUUCCCACUCUAUAUCUGGAGUCGUAUACAACAAAAGGGGCCAACCAAAGCCUGCUCUUCCCUCCGAAGAGGUCCAGGCAAUAUUAAGAACAGUUCAGUAUUUCUUUCCUGGCAAGACCGAUGCAGAGAUCAAGGGGUACAUCCGACAGAAACUGCAAAACGAAGCCAAGAGGUUGAGAAAGAAACCUUCACCCUCAGGCCAAUAUGAGUCUAGAGUUCAUAGUCUAUCAAGAUCCAACAGUCAGCACUUAGAUAUGAUGGACCAGAAUUGAAAUGUAUGUUUAUUGGAUAUCAGUUUUGUGUUCUCAGUUAAACUAUUUGUGUUAAUUAUAAAAAAGUUCUAGACAAUAAUGUGCUUCAAAGAAUGUCACGAUCAUCUCACAAUAGUCAUUUGGCUACUGACCAAUGUGGCGUUACUGAUGUGAAAACAGCGUAGAGAUUCCAGAUAAAUCAAAAUGUUGUAUUCAUGAAGGCCUCUGGCUGCUAAGAGCACAGGUGAUGCGUAGAUAUCAAAUGUUUAGGUAUUAAUGUUUGUCUCUGUGAACGUUUUUAUAUUUUGUAUUUAAUGGAUGAGUAGAAUUUCAGGAUAUAUCCGUGCGCAAGGAACGUCAUAUAGUGUGAACGUUUAUUCACGUCGUAUUUUCAAUGUGUUUCUUAUUUGAUGAUGGUCUUAAUGACAACAUAGCUUUAUGUAAGUAGUUUUUGUUAUUAAAUAAUGAAACAUGAA